AUGGAAGAGGAAGACGCAAUCGUUCAUCGACCGCCCAGCCCGACGCGACGUGACGAGACGUCGAUCAAAUGGUGGGCAAUGCUCAUCAGACCGUGUCUGGCCGAGUACAUCGGAACCACUUUGUUUGUGUUCGCUGGCAUUCUCUCGACUUUUCAUUCGGCGAACGAAAAAGGUGCGGUUGUCAGUGUAGCUCUUGGGCACGGGAUGGCGUUGUUUGUCAUGGUUGCAACGACUGCAACUGUUAGUGGCGGUCACCUCAACCCUGCAGUAACACUCGGAAUUUUUCUUACUGGGACAUUGGCUCCUGUUGUUGCUCUUGGGUUUGUUGGGGCACAGCUGCUAGGCGGCAUUACUGGAGCAGGUUUGGCUAAGGGUCUUUUGAACAGCACUGUGACAAAGUCUGAAUCGGGGUUUGCUUUGACUGAACCUCCUUCGUAUCAAGAUGAUGUCCAAGCUAUCUUUGCUGAAGUGGUACUGACGGCAAUACUCGUUCUGACUGUGUUGAUGGUGGCUGUUGAAACGAAAGGCAACAAUCCGAUUGCACCGUUUGCAAUUGGCAUGGCUGUUACAGCUGGAAUUUUUGCAGGGGGAAACGUUUCUGGCGCUAGCAUGAAUCCUGCUCGCAGCUUUGGUCCUGCAGUCGUGUUCAACACAUGGCAACGAGUGUGGGUGUACUUCGUUGGAUGCCCAGUAGGUGGCAUCAUUGCCUCCAUUGCUUAUCGUCUUGUUCUGACCGAUCGAUCACUACCAAUUCCCAUCGUGUCAUUCUUCAAACGGCACAAGCUCGCACCUAUGGGUGAAUCUGAACCAGUGUCUGAUGUUCAGAACAGUCAAGUCGGUGCUGUUCAAUCGCGAUCGGACAAAGUCGUUCAAACGUUACCUCAAGAACAGUCGGAGUCGUACGAGAAUUCUAAAUACUGGACGAAGGUUGCAAGGCCUCUGCUAGCCGAAUUCAUUGGCACAAUGUUUUUCCACUGCGCUGGUAUUAUCACGAGCGUUGAAGCAAAUCCAGUGGUAGGCCCUCUCGGUAUAUCAAUGACUCUACUCGGUCUCUGUGGUGUCUUCUUUCCACUCAGUGGUGCUCAGUUCAACCCUGCUGUCAGUCUGGCCGCCUUUCUCAGUGGACUGAUGGCAUUCGACAUGAUGAUUCUCUACAUCUUGGCUCAGUUGGCCGGUGGCACUGCUUCAGCUGCAAUAGCUUAUGGUCUGAUCAACAGCACUGCAGUCCUUCGUAAUCCGGAUGGAUGGGCGACUAAUGCCUACAACGCGGCCUACCAGAAUGAAGCCCAGGCCUUCUUCGCUGAGAUCCUGCUCACAUGUAUUCUGGUGACAGUCAUCCUCUCGUCCAUGGCAGACUGCGACGGCAAGAACCAGUUCACGUGGAUCUUCAUGAUAUUCACAGUGGCCGGAAACACAUUCACAGGUGCUUAUAUAUCCGGUGCUGGAAUGAAUCCUUCUCGUUCGUUUGGUCCAGCACUGGUGUUCAACUACUGGGGUCAGCUGUGGAUUUAUACUUUUGGGCCGCUCAUCGGUGCAUGCAUUGCUGUUGUCAUCUAUCGAUUUAUGACUCAUCAUCGCAAGCUCAGAAUGCCCUACUUGACGUUCAGAGACGAAGAGGGAUGGGAUGAUGAUUAAUGAAAUGAGUGAGCUAGUUGGUGGGAAAAGUGCACUGAUACUUGAUAUUUGUAUGGAAAAGGUUCAAUUUGGAUUGACUGACUUUGGGACGUGAUCGUCUUCUAUAUUUAUUUAUUCGUUGUCACUGAAUGUGCUCUACUGUAUUUUCUACUAUUUUGGGCAAAAUAAGAUUUAGUUUAAUUAAAUCAAAUUUAAUUA